AGAACAGUUUGAAAGACUUCCAGCUGAAACAGGAAGAUCAAAUAUCCAAUGGCAAGAAAUGUGAUAUUGAAAACACCCGCCGCGCAUACUACCGUGAAUUGAACAAGAUAGUGGAAAUGGCAGAUGUGAUUCUUGAAGUUUUAGACGCUCGUGAUCCCCUUGGAUGCCGUCCUAUGGAGGUUGAAAAGUAUAUCCAGCAGAAAGAUCCAAACAAGAGGAUUGUCUUGGUCCUCAACAAAAUUGACCUGGUCCCCAAAGAAAAAGUUGCAGCAUGGUUGAAAUAUCUGCGACGGGAACUGCCUGCUGUUGCCAUGAAGUGCUCAACUCAGAGCCAGCGAUCAAAUCUGGGGAGAGGAAAGGCUUCUCUUGCCACAGCAAACAAUGACCAGCUGGGAGGAAGCGAAUGCAUCGGUGGGGAGCAGCUCCUCCAGCUCUUGAAGAACUACUCUCGGAACAGCAACUUGAAGAUGUCGAUCACUGUUGGCGUUGUCGGUUACCCCAACGUAGGCAAGAGCAGUCUGAUCAAUUCCUUGGUUCGAACGAGGGCUGUCGAGACUGGAGCUCAAGCCGGGAUCACCAAAGUUGCACAGGAGGUACACCUUGACAAGAAGGUCAAACUCCUUGACUGCCCUGGAAUUGUCUUUGCUAAGGAUGAGUCUGACGUUGCUGUGAUUCUUCGUAACUGUGUGAAGCUGGAUGCUGUGGUUGAUCCGAUUCCUGCCGUCCAAGAGAUUGU